UUCAUCACUACAGAAGAAUAUAUCAAAGCAACCACUAAAAGUGAAAACAUUCUCUGCGAAAAAAAAUUCAUUAAAGUGAAGAUUUAAAUUAGAACUUUGAACUUUUUUUUAUUAAUUUCGGAAAUUAUAUAUUGAAUAGAAAAGUUAAACAGUUAUUUUCAUCGAAACCAUAAUGGGUGGAAAGAAAUAUCCCAAGAAAAGCGGAUCCGAAGGAUCGGGAUCAACAGAAAAGUCAACGGCCAGCUCUUCGGGUACUACACCAUCAACUGUAGGGCCUACGGGACGUGCAAAUUUAUUAAAAUUAACUGAGGAAAUGUCCAUAUCUGGUGGCCAAGAACAGCGUUCCAAACCACAAGGUAAAGCACAGCAACAAAAGCCACAACAAGGUGGAUCACAACAGCAGCAACGCACACAACAAAGUGGACCACAACAAGGCGGGUCUCAACAGCAACGUCAACAACAAGGUGGGCCUCAGCAACAAAAGCCACAACAAGGUGGACCACAACAAAGUGGAUCGCAGCAGCAACAAAGGCCACAGCAAGGUGGUCCGCAACAACAGCAACGCUCACAACAAGGUGGACCACAACAAAGUGGAUCACAGCAGCAACAAAGGCCACAGCAAGGUGGACCACAACAGCAGCAACGCUCACAACAAAGUGGAUCGCAGCAACAACAAAGGCCACAGCAGGGUGGGUCACAACAAGGUGGUCAAAGACAACCGCAACAGGCAUGGGGACAGUCAUCACAGCAAGGUGGACCACAACAGCAGCAACGCUCACAACAAGGUGGACCACAACAAAGUGGAUCGCAACAGCAACAAAGGCCACAGCAAGGUGGGCCACAACAAGGUGGUCAUAGACAACCGCAACAGGUAUGGGGACAGUCAUCACAGCAAGGUGGACAAGGACAAAGACCACAGCAACAGUCAUGGGGACAACAAUCGCGCCCACAAGGUGGUGCCCGUCCAAAAGAUGACAAUCGAAGACAACAACCGUCCGGAUCUGGAAUGACACGUACAGAAUCAAUGCAGUCCGUUAGAUCCGAACAAUCGUCGUCAAGUGGUGGCGCCAGAAAACAACAAGAAAAUCGACCAGCACCAAUAACUAUGGACGAUUUAAAGAAGAAAGGGAUAAAUGAAUUAAAGGUCAAGUAUAAAGGACCGGGAAAGCGCGGUCGAUCCCUUGGUGAAAUUGAAACCAAUUAUUUGAAAAUUGUUUUGAAUAAUUUGGUAGAAAAUGCUUAUCACUACGAUGUGAAAAUUGAACCAGAUCGUCCAAAGAAGCUGCUCACAGCGGUUUUCUUACGUUUUACUGAAUUGAAUUAUCCAAAGGAAUGUAUUGCAUUUGAUGGCCAAAAGAAUGCAUACGCAACGAAACCAUUAAAAAUUGGCGAUCUGGAACGUGAGAUAAAAAUUAUCCAUCCAGAAACCGGAAGAGAACGUACAUUUACUGUGGCUAUUCAGGCUGCAAAUGACAGUGAAAUUCCUAUCAGACGUUCAUUGACAUCGUAUCAAAACACUGGACAAGCCCAAGAUCCAAAACGCGCCAUGCAAGCCGUUGAAGUCGUUCUAAAAUCAGCCUUCCAUCAAGCACAUCUUAAAAGCGGAGUGGUCGGAGGUCGAUCAUUUUACUUGCCACCUCCAAAUCGCAUAUAUUUGGGUGAUUUUUAUGAGCUUUGGUUAGGAUUAUUCCAGAGCAUGGUACUCGGCAAGACACCAUUUCUCAAUGUUGAUGUUAAUCACAAGGCAUUUCCGAAGCGUUAUGCAUCAUUGCUCGAUUUGUUAAAAGACAUGGACAAGAACGUUAAUCUGAACCGAGAACUAGAUUACGAUGCUAAAAUGAUGUUGAAACGGCAUCUCAGUGGUUUAGAGUUGUACUACAAUAAGCCGAAUGACAAACCAAUGAUUUUCAAAUUCAUGGAAAUCGUUGAUCCGCCAGCCAAAAAUGUGUUCACAACGGAAGAUGGUCAACAGAAAACCAUUCUACAAUAUUUCCAAGAAACAAAUCGUAGGAUUCAAUUCCCGAAUCUCAAUUGUAUCCGGCUGGGCAGUCAUAUUAAAAGUAUAAAGGUGCCAAUCGAGUUUUGUUCCAUUUCAGACUCUCAGAUGAGCAACAAAAAGUGCACCGAGAAUCAAACUCGAAACCUCAUUCGCGAGGCAGCAACAUCCACUGACAUUCGAAAACAAAAGAUUAUGCAAUUAUUGCAACAAAUUCAGCAUAACCAGUGCCCAACAAUCAAAGGUUUCGGUAUUAAUAUCGAUACAAACUUCACCAAAGUGCCGGCAAGACAGUUGGCAGCUCCCGCUCUUCAAUAUAAAAACAGCGUGAUUAAUCCUAUGAAAGGUGUAUGGCGUGCCGAAAAUGAGACAUUUUUGAUAUCAGAGGGCAAAGUCAUCGAAUGGAGCAUUUUGAACACAAAUUUCCGUACAAGACAAAAUGAAUUACAAGAAUUCGCAGGCAUGUUGUUCAGAAUUAGCCGGUCAACUGGAUUACAAUUGAAUCCACAGCCAAAUGAUAUUCGCAUGUUGUCUGAUCGAGAUCUGCCAAAAAUUAAACAAGAACUUGACCGUAUUGGAAACGAAAAACGCGUCAAUAUUGUGUUCUGUGUGGUACCGGACAAUGGCCCGAUGUACUCCGAAAUUAAGAAGUACGCGGAAAUUGUUUCCAAAAAUGGCGUUCUCACGCAGUGCAUCAAAGGGAAUACCAUUUUUAAAAAGCGAUCCGAUGGAAGCACCAUUUCGAACCUUCUAUUGAAAGUGAAUGCCAAGUUGAAUGGCACCAACUACAAAUUGAAGGAAACACCCAUUUUGAUGGAUAAAAAAUGCUUGCUUAUCGGCGCAGAUGUAACACAUCCCAGUCCCGAUCAAACUCGAAUUCCAAGUGUUGUUGGGGUUGCGGCUUCAUAUGAUUCGAACGCAUAUCGCUACAGAUUCUAUUGGCGCCUUCAAGGUCAACGCAUCGAAAUCAUUAGCGAUUUUAAGGAUAUCAUCAAAGAACAUUUGAAGUUCUAUCAACAGGAAAAUGAUGCACUUCCGGAAAAAAUCUUUUAUUAUAGAGACGGCGUCUCCGAAGGUCAAUUCGAUCAAGUUAUGGCCAUUGAAAGUAGUGCGAUGAAAGAUGCAUGCCGAGAAAUUCAACCAGGCUAUGACAAACAGGUGAAAAUGACAGUUGUUGUUGUACAAAAACGACACCAUACACGAUUCUUCCCAGGCAACACACAAGUUGGAAGAGACGAUAGAAAAAAUAACAACGUUCCCUGUGGAACCAUUGUCGACACCGUCAUAACACGACCCAACGAAAAUCAUUUCUAUCUGGUGUCACAUCAGUCUAUCCAGGGAGUUGCAAAACCCACGAAAUAUUGCAUUCUUCUUGACGAGGCAGACCACAAUAUAGACGAUCUACAAGCACUGACAUACAAUCUUUGCCACUUGUUCACUCGAUGCAACCGUACCGUUUCAUAUCCGGCUCCAACAUAUUAUGCUCAUCUUGCUGCCUACCGCGGUCGUGUUUAUAUUGAAAACGAAAAGUUAAAUAUGAACAACUUACAGUCAGAAUGGAGCAAACGAGCAAUCAAUACAAACAUCAUAAGCGGUCGUCCGAUGUUCUUUGUUUAGACACAACAGACUUUGAAAUUUGACCAAGACUGGCUACAUUCACCGCCUACAUUAACACGAAUUUCGAUCUUUUUUUUUACUUUAUUAUUAUUAUUUUUUUUUUGGGGUUUGAUUAUGUUCGGCUAAAACAUAUAUCAACUGUAUUAGUAUAAAAAAAUAUUUACACUAUUUUCUUUAAUAUAAGGAUCAAUUUAAUUUCAUUGUUGGCAUACAUAAAAUUGCACGAAAUGCAGAAUGCAUGUGUCAAAUGGUAAAAAAAUAAAAUAAAAAAAACAAAUAAAAUAGCAUUACUUGUAACGAAAAAGUUACUCGUAAUCAAAUCACCAAA